AUGUCUGAGAAGGGAAGAAUCGUCCUCUCCGGUACUAGCGUAGACGCAGAAGUCCCACGACAAAAGUGCUGUUGGGUCGCCUUCCUGUCACUGUGUUUGUUGACUGUCAAUAGUAUUGUGUGCAUACACCUUGCUAGAAGGUUGGCGUACGUGGAAGGACAACUCGCCAAGCAGACUGUUUCCGCCGGCGACGAAACUACCACAGAAGUGAGGUUUGGGUACCAGACAGACACAGACAUGUCUGGUGGAGUGACGGGGUAUCCGGGAACAGUCGCAGCCCGAGUUCGGAUUCGACUGUCUGGUGGCCAGAAACAGAACGAAGGCAGAGUAGAACUCCGAGCCAUCGCUAUUGGUGGUGUCUGGGGAACUGUAUGCAGUAAAGGCUGGGACAUCCAUGCUGCUAACGUCCUCUGUAGACAACUCGGACUCCAAAGAGCGGUCCCUAUAACCGUUGACUUCGGUCCAGGGUCCGGACCGGUUUGGCUUAGUGACGUAAGCUGCACCGGGGAUGAGUCCAACAUCCUGGAGUGUCCACAAUCCAAAUUCGGAGACAACGACUGUGAUCAUGACGAUGACGUAGGAGUCAUUUGUGAUGGGCCACUUGCAGACUGGACAAAACACGGGUCUAGGUACUACAAGUUCCUGCAAUCAACAUUUGCAACCUAUACCAAGGCGAGAGCCCUAUGCGAAGCUGAAGAUUCAAAGAUAGCUAUGCCAAAAGACCAGGCAGCUCAUGACUUCAUAGUGCAGUACAGAAACAUGUUUUACACCGACAUCAAUAUUUGGAUCGGUUUGAACGAUAUGGAAGUUGAAGGUGACUUUGAGUGGGAAGACGGCACUCCACUCGGCAACUUGAGCCGUUGGUUUCCGGGACAACCAAAUAACGGUCAUGGCUUGCAACAUUGCACAGUCCUUACACCGGAAACUAACCGACACCCGAACCAAUGGCGAGAUGAUGUCUGUAGUGAUACAUGGGGAGUUAUCUGUGAAAAAGUAAGUGAAUGUAACUCCAGCCCUUGUCAGAAUGAAGGCACCUGCAUUGAUGGUGUGGAUCACUACAUCUGCAAGUGCGGACGCGGAUGGGUUGGUGUUCACUGUGAAAAACCUGCAAAGGCAAGUUCGUCGUUGAUGGACGGGGCUUCACGUAAUUGGGCACACAUUGAAGCUCAAUCAGAUUCCACUGGUGGAACUCACACCGUGAGAAGACAUGACAGUGUCCUCACAAAGAACUGGGAACAGUUCCAACCAUCAGACAAGUUCCGCUUUCACAGCGGCGUACUGACUGUGUUUGAAGAGGGGGACUAUUAUAUCUACAGCCAGGUUUAUUAUUUGUACAACAGCAAAAAGUCGGCAGUAACCAGUCAUUCUGUGAUGGUGGUAGAAAAUGAUCAGGACAACCCAUACCGCUUCUUGACUUGCUGGAAGUAUAUGGAGGAAACGGUCCCCUGGAAUACCUGCUUCACUGCUGGUGUCAUACACCUCUCCCCCAACAACAGCGUGUACCUGCACAUGCCCUGCGAUGGCUGCGUCAUCAAACUUGACCAUGACGCAACGUUUUUUGGAGUCAUGAAGCUUUUCGACGCCACAAGUCAGCGUAAGAAUCACAGGAAUGUGCAUCCAACGGAAAGGCCGUCCCCCAAAAGGAUCCUCUUCAGACGACGUCACAGCAGACCAAGUCGACAAGCUAAACAUUGUCCACCGUGCUAGAUUGGCCAAGUUAAAUUUGGAGAAACUGGGGAAAAGUAGCUAUCAAAUUUUACUAAAUGGACAGCAGAAUGCAUAUAACGUUAGGUAUCGCAUUUUGAAAAGAGGCAAUAUUUUGCUGAAGGCGAAGUGAUUGGUGCACAUUGCAGCUAGAGGUGUUAUCGGUCAAAACAAAUUCUGGUACAGGUACGGUCCAAGUCCAUAGGAUCCGGACCAUAAUCCGGUCAAGGUCUGGACCUGAAGCUAGAAGUAACUAUCCGUGAACUUAUAAUACUAAAAACAUUAUAGUCCAUUUCGCUACAAAGGAUUCUGUUUGGUGGAGUAUCCGACAUCCAUUGGCGUUCUAAAAUUCUAUCUCCAUGUAAACAACAUUAAAUGCUCAUAUUAGACUAUGUUUGACUGACAGUGUAUAAAUAAACUCGGUAAAAAUAACUAUCAACUCUCCCCUACUUCGCUCCUUUCAUUUUCUUGGAACUGUAAGCGCACACACACAUGAACGCCUGCUAGCAUAGUCCGUUAGUUUUCCGAUCUGUCCAACAUCCCGUCCUCGUUUGGACCGGUUCAACAAGACAAAAGCUAAUUAUAUCAAAACAUUUGUAUCUAUUGUUUUCUCCGUUAGUUAAACGACAACGAACUGUAAAGCUACCUGCAUGCCUAAAAUGGUGCCAAUCUGUC